GUGCAUUUGAUGCUUUCUUCUGAGAAUGAUCUUCUCGUAUUGAAUUGUAGCUUGGUAAACAAUUCAGAUUUUUCUGAGAACGAGUGAAGUCCAGAUUUUUCUAUUCUACCACAUUUCCUCUUAACUGUGUCUGUUCAUUAGUUUGGUAAUUUGAAUAACUAUUUCUGGAUCAUCGCAGCACGAGUGAAGUCCAGAUUUUUCUUUUAGACGAGUUCUGCAGCUGAAGCUUGCAUUUUUGUAGAGUGUUUCAUAUGCGUCUGCAGACGAGAUUGAUCGUGCGAAAUACAGUUUUUGUUUUUUUUUCUCUGCAUUACUGGUUUAUUGGAUUACGGGUAUCAAUGAUAUCGUAUCAUCUGUUAAACUGAUGCUUAAAUACCUUGGCUGAUUCAUUCCUUUUGGAAUGUUUGGGCGUAAUGAUGGGAUACAUUGUCUGUGAAGUAGUCCUUAAGUAUUUUAGUUACGAGAGAUAGGUUUCGAUGUAGUUAAUUUUCAGUUAGUUACUUGAUUUCCUCAAUUUUCUAUUUGUUGUUAGAGUUGGAGUAGUGGUGGGUUUAGCUAUGUCUGUAAUGAGAAGGGAUUUGUAACCCCAUAUCUUUAUUGAGUUAUUCCAUAGGUUUAGCGACGAUGUUGUUCGGCCACAUUCCAUUUCCUAGACUUGGGGGUAGGGUUUGGUAAAGAAAGGUAACAAACAAAUUAAACAGAAGUGUGGUUUUGUUCUCACGCUGACAGGACCCUUGUGGUGGUAUUGUAGAAAGAACGUAAAAUAGUUGGUUUAGCCGAAACUCUGAUUGAGAUUUAUCAUGCUGCCAGCCCAUUAUUAUUAUUAUCAUCUACCCACAGGGCAGAGUUUAGUUUUAUUCCAAUCACACUGAUGCCUAAAUUGCGUUUCACUAAUGUUACUCGUGUGGAAAUUGCAAUGAGUCUCUGUGUCAUUGCUGGCCGAAAUUGCUUAGAGAAUGUUUUUGCUUCCAGAGUAUUUGAUGGUAGCAAAUCAAAAAAACAGAUGAGCUAUUUUAACGUAUUCUGAAUUGAUGCUCUAAUGCUUUUGCCGACUGAUAUAUGGGUCAAUUGCUGACUGAGUUUCUGUAGAGAUUGUAUUUGCUUAGUAGUAUUGAUGGUUCUGCUUGUGUUAUUGUUCUCGCGCGAAGGAAGGAACAACCCACAAACAACGCGGGUGGGUGCCGACUGACGAGCCGAACAACACCAGGGGAGCCCAGACUUUGCUCCCAAGUCCAUCCCCUUCCUCUUCGGCAUCGUGAUUAUCUCAGAUGAAUACGUCGCAGUAUAUGGACAAGCAGAUUAUGGAUUUGACCUCAUCUCCCCAACCCCAGGGCUUAUCAUCAUCCCCCACCCACCACUCCACCGGCGGCGGUAAGGACUUCAUCGAUCUGAUGAAUCACCAUUCGCGGGACGACGAACACGAUCAGCACGCCAAUUACGCUGGGAACGGUACCAAGAAGGAGGAUGUCAUGGUUCCCAGCUACGAUUUCCAUCCUAUUCGCCCCGUUGCUGGAGGAUUGGGAGGAGGAGGAGGAGAUUCCACUGCUGGUGCUAGGGCUUGGAGUUCAGUCGACGGCAAGUCCAGUUCCGUCAAUUUCGCCAUGGCCGAUUCUCCAGUCCGGCACUAUGGCUCGCUUGACUCGAUGGAACCAUCCAAAGACGUCUUGGACAAGGAACAAACCGUUUCUGAUUCAGCGAUACUAUCUGAGAUCGACAGAACUAUGAAGAGACACACAGAUAACAUGCUGAUCAUUUUAGAAGGUGUAAGUUCCAGACUCGUCCAGUUGGAGAGCAGAACUCGCAACCUCGAGAGUUCUGUUGACGAUUUGAAGGUUUCUGUGGGGAACAAUCACGGAAGCACUGAUGGGAAGAUGAGACAGCUGGAGAAUAUCCUCCGGGAGGUACAAACUGGAGUACGGGAUGUGAAGGAUAAGCAAGAACUACUUGAGUCACAGCUUCACCUUCAAAAACUUCACGUCUCUAAUGUGAACCAGCAUCAACAAGAGCCACAAAACACCGACCAGGCUGCAACUGCUGUGCAGCAACAAGCACCAUCUGCCUCUGCCCCUGCCCCACCGCAAUCCCAUCAUCAACAUGCGCCUCCUCAAUUAGCAAGCUUCCCACAAUCACUCCCUUCUGUGCCCGGUCCACCUCCUCCAACCGUCCCUCUCCCUCAGCCGCAAAGUCUGCCCCCUGUCACUCCACUUCCAAACCAAUUCACACCCCCUCCUUCAGUCCCUCAACGAGAUCCAUACUACGUGCCUGCUGGCCAUGCUCACGAACCACCUCCGAACCCACAGUACCAGGUGCCCCCACCACAGCAACCAUCUCCUGUUGCCGCUGCUCCACCUCCUCAUCAACUAUAUCAGUCAGCUCUGCCACAAUACCCGCAGCAACAACCCCAGAUGCCACAGCAACCUCAACAGCCAGCUGGCCACCACUCUGACGAGGCCUCUUAUCUCGCCUCUCAAAGCUAUCCACCACGACAAGCUCCAUCUCAGCUACUUGGUGGUGGUCCCUUCCCACCCCAGCAGUACUACGGUAUUCCUCCCUCUACUGGGUACAAUCCUCCUCAAUCCGGAUCCAUGGAAAUGUACCCUUACAGUGGAGGCGGCAUCACGAUGGUGAAACCACAACAACUCCAAUCUGUCUCUAUGCCUCCUCAUGGUGGAGGUGGGACUGGGUAUCCUCAACUUCCGACUGCCCGUGUGCUGCCACAGGGGUUGCCCUCCAGGUCAGUGGCUGGUGGGGCUGGAUCUGGUUCAGGCUCUGGAAACACGGUUCCGAUUGAUGACGUGAUUGACAAGGUGUCGACAAUGGGGUUCCCGAGGGAUCAUGUUCGUGAAGCGGUUAGGAAACUCACGGAGAACGGGCAGUCGGUCGACUUGAACAUCGUCCUGGAUAAGCUGAUGAACGACUCAGAUUUCCAGCCGCCUAGAGGGUGGUUCGGCCGGUAGCUUGCCUAAUUGGCUCUUUGAUUUGCAUGUAUAGAACUAUUCUCUGUUUCCUGCCAGAAAAGUGCAACAGCGAUUUGGUUUGUCUUCCAGUUUUGUCCUGAUAGUCGAUCUUAAUCCUUUGUUUGAGACUUGAGAGUGUUCUCAUCCAUGUUUGUCUUGUCUAUAUCUUCGAGCAACUGAUGUUUCAUUUGUUCAUAAAAUUCAUCACAUACGUUCUUCUCCGACCGUGGUUUAACCAUAGUAUCGUUAAAUACAGCUUAUCGAUUUAG